GUAUUUAAUUUAUCUAUGAAAAUAUGAUUUUGGCGCGUAAUAAGUAUUGAAAAGUUAUAAUUUCGAGAUAAAAUUUAUCUGUCAUGGAUAAGAGAAAAUUAUUGUUCAACACAGGUUUGCAUAAAAAUGUGCAACCUGUCAGUCAAUCAUUGGAGCGAACCGCGAGCAAUAAACAAAUAAGUAGUCCAAACGAAACAAUGGAAGAGAAGGUGGAUUUAUUAGCAUCCAAGUCAACAUUGAACAGUCAGUCAUUAAGAAGUAAUUCUUUCGUGGAGAAAAAUAAUUCAUCCAGAGAAAUAAAUUUAGGUGAAGCUGAGAAAGAUCUGUCGCAAAGAGAAAAUGUCAAUCAUAAAUUGUCAAAAACAAAGGCCACAAUGAGAAAACAGCUGAAUAGUCAGGUGUCGGAGAGCACCUCAAGUCAACAGGACAAUAAUCAUUGUCAGGAGAGUUCAUCGAUGGCAAACAGGUCCCUGAGAGCUGCUAAUCAUUCGGUUACACAAAAACGUAAAAUUAUACCUGCAGUGGAAGAGGAGGUUUCGGAUAGCGAUCUGGACUUUUCAUGUGAUGAGUCUGCACCAGCAAAGAAGAAGCGAAAUGAAACUGUGUUUGAUAGAAAUUCGCAAUCUUCUGCUCGAAAUAUUAAUCCCAGUCGUGAUUCUCCUGGGAAAAGACUUUCUCUGAUUAAUAAGUCACCUGCUAAAUCAAUUAGUAUGUCUAAUAUUACCCAAAGAAAGCAACAAGAUAAAUAUAAGGAACCUUUUUCGCCUGCAAAAUUAAAGAAGCAUAAACUUAACAAAGAUUUGGAAGAAUGUAGAAUUAAUAACAGGGAGUGUUUUCCAGAAAAAGAGAAUUUUCAUAUAACCUGUUUUUCUAACUUUUUGCAGAAAUGUGGUAUCACAGUAUCAAUCGAUGGUAUAUAUACACUUAAUAUUCCUUCGUCCAUCGCCAAAUUAAAGAUAAAAAAAGUAUUAAGCUCAAAACAAAUUCAAAAAAAGGAUAUAAUUGAUUCAAUAGAAGAAUAUGUUGGAAAUGAAAAAAGUUUUGAAAAAAUGUUGAAUGACAUGGAAUUAUCGACUGAUAAUAGAGCUUUCAGUGCUCUAAAUAAAAUAUCUCUGGCAAGAAUACUAUUAGAAGUUAUGGAAGUUCAAGCAGACAUUUAUAAUUUUAUGUCUAAGCUUAAUGAAUCUAUUCUUAUAGUAGAUACUCCAGAAAAAAUACCUUGGGCUGUACCAUUGUUGCAACAAUUUCGUUUUUUGGAUACUAUAACAAAUGUUGAUAUAGUAACUACAAAUAUAGAACAACUGUUAGAAACAUGUCCAUCUUGGUUUCAAUAUGAAUUGAUUUUAUUCUUGCCAGAUAUUUUGUCAGAUAUUCAGCACCGAAAUAUCGCUGAAAUACUAGGAAAAAUGUUGGAAGAAAACAGUGAAUUGACAAAUGUAAUCUUAAACUGCAUUGGCAGUUUUAAUCUUGACAAAGAAUAUUUAGAAGAAUAUAAAGUCAAAGUGUUACAUUUGUUGAAAACAAAUUUGAAAGUAGAAUUUAUACCAAUUGUUAUCAGAUUUCUUGUUAAUAAUUAUACAUGUUCCGAUAUUGUCAAACAAAUGUUGCUUGUACUACGCAAUAUAGAAAUGCAGCCACUCACUGGGGAUAAAGUUGAGGAAUGUUAUAAGAAUCAAGUGCAGAUAAUUCAAACAUUAAAAAUGUGCAUGUUAUUAUCGAAAGAUGUGACAGUUGCUGCAAUAAUGGUAGUAAAAGAUAUUAAUCAAAAUCCAAAGCCAUUAGAUUUAAUCAUUUUGCUCCUUAUAUUCUCUGGAACAACAAAACAGAAAAAUGCAGAAGUCUUAUUGAAACAAAACAUCCGUUCUGGUUUCUAUAGGACGAGUUUGCUUCAUACACUUUACAAUGAUUACAAAGAGGUCAUUCGAGAAUUACAACCAUCAAUAUUACAAUUAGCGAGUAAAUUAUUGAAAUCAGAAGAAUAUGUAUUUAUUAAUUUUGCAAUUGAAUGGUUCCGAUUGCAGUUUCUCGGUCAGAAAGGAGCAUUGUUUAAACAACGUGAGAUUAUAGAGAAGAUUAUUCUUCUUAUGGGUAAUAAUGAUCAAACUGUAAAACAUGCGAUGACUAUACUUUGUAAAAUGGCAGAGAAUACGAUUGAAAGAGAAUGUUUAGUAUCGCAAUGCAAUCAUCUGAGAAUCUUAUUAGAGAAGAUAAAUUGCUUUGGGCUUGAAGAAAUUGGCACUUUGAGUGAUUUAUUGCACAAAUUAUGUUCAGUUGAUGAUUCUACUUCGGAAUCCUUACGAGAUGAUUUAUUUAUAUUGUUGCAAAAGCAAUUGUCCAACACUAAACCAAUUACAAAAUGCAAAGGUGUCAUGGGAGCAGUAAUGGCAAUAAAACAUCUGGCAGGAAAGACUGAAAGCUGUGAUAAAGCUCUGAAAUUAUUUAAUAAGGUAAUGAAGAGUGUGAGAAGUUGUUCUAAAUCACAACCGUUGUUUUAUGAUCAGUUGGCACAAGUAAUUGCAGAAACUGAAACUAUUAAUAUGACUUUUCUUCACAAAAUUAGUGAUUGCAUCGAAAAUGAGUUUGUUAAUACAUAUAUGACAGAUAAAAUACAAUCCAGUGAAGAGUUAGUACCGAAAUUUGGGCUAAAUAAUGCAGAACAUGAACCAGAAAAUUAUGUGUUAAAUUUUGGAAAUAAAAAAAGUGGUCCAAUUGCACCAAUAUUGUUUCGACUUCUCAAGACAUGUAUUAUGAAAACUAGCGCACAUGGAGAAUUGGAAGCUAUAGAUGCUCUUUUGGGGUGUAAAAUGUUAAUGCCACAAAAUUUUGAUAUCCCGGAACCUGCGAUAUUAGAUCUUACUAUAUGCGCUAUUAAUUGGCUUAGGGAGAUAAUAACCGGCUUUGUCACCCAAACAGAUCCUUUAUUACGAAAACAAGUGUUAAACCGUUUAGACACUUUGAUAUAUUUGCAAGGUGAAUUGAAUAUGUUGUUAGCAUUAUGUGAUACUAAAUAUCAACCUCCACCAUGUUAUUUCCAUCACUUUCCAUUACCACAAUUUGUAAAAAUUGAGAGAAAAACUAGCAAAAAAGGAAAGAAGUCUAAGAAAGGAAAUAAAUCUAACAUUUCUGUAAAUAUGGAAGAUGAAUCCACAGAGAUAAGUUCUACAUUGUGUUCUAAAAAUCCAGCAUAUUUUAGAAAGUUUGAUGCAAAGAUAGCCCAUCUUUUAGACGUUAAAAUAAAUUCACAGUCGUCACAAUCUGAGACAAAAGGCAUAUCAAUAAAACAAGUUUGUUUUAUUGUAAGAGAACUGUUAGCAAUAUUCGAAAAUGAACCUUCCGAGUCUUUUGUGAAAGAUUUAAUACACCUGUUACCAAAGAUUUGUUCAAAAUUGGACGAUGUUGUCAGCAGAUUGAGACAAGAUAACACUUGCGACUUUAGAAAAGGCGCAAAAUUAUUGUUAUGUCUCCUCACGAAAAUUUUUAAUUGGAAAGGAUUUUUAAGUGUGACAUAUAACACGUUGCUUCGAGAGGGAUUACGUAGUUUAGCUGGACAAAUUAAUACAGAAAACGCACGAUUACGAUCUUGCAAGGAACUUGUUGCAGAAUCGUACAAAUAUUUUGAAUCACUGUCAGACAUCGCUACCGAAAUAUCAUUAGCUACUGCUCUUGUCAACAUGUGUCAAUCUUUAAUGAAACAUUCCGAAACCUAUACACAACAGCACAAAAAUAAGCAUGCAAAAUUAGCCUAUGGAUUUCUUUGUCUGGAAUGGCCCGAAGAUAAUACUGGAGCUCAAUAUAAGUUAUCUAUUAUUCAAUUAUUAAAUAACUGGAUAGAUAAUGAACCAUCUCCAUUAGAUACAGUAACGUCAAUUUUGGAAUGGUUACCAGAUGAAAUCUUGAAUUUUGAAAAUAACCAGAGUGUCAUAACAAGAAUACCUUCUUUGAACAAAAGCAUUUUUCAAUUAUUAUAUAAAAAACUCUUUGAAGGUUUAAAUAAAGGUAUUAAUAUAUCACUGUCAGCAGUCGAUUCAGAUCCAAAGAAAAUAAAAAUAUGGCAGAAUAUUGCAUCAAAUGUUCAAAAACUUGUACAAAUUUGUAAAACAUUGAAAACAUAUGCUAACAUACAACUGUUUCUAAAAUACAUGCCUUUUCUAAUAAGACAGUUUCUAAAUAUUGGAAUGCCUAUACUAGAACAUAAUCUAAAAUAUCAAACAGAUGAUGUGACAAGUAUUCUAAAAAUGAUGCAAGGUGGCACACGGUAUUUACAUGCUAUUUGUUGCGACUGCACAGAAAAAAAGAACUUACCAUUGACUAAAUAUGUGCCUGCAGCAAAGUCUACAUUGGAGAAGUUAAUUUAUAGCGUUAAAGGGAUGCUAGUUCUUAACGAUAGCGCAAAAGCUUUCUGGAUGGGAAAUCUUGUUAAUAAAAAUUUGGAGGGUCGCGAGAUUCUUUCGCAGAUAUCGUCAGAAGAAACCACUUUAACAGAAGUGAAUGCACCUUCUGAAGAAUUAAUAAAUGCAUCAUCUGAGAUUCUAAAUUCUGAUUUAGAUGAAGAUCCGAUAGAAGAAUCAGAAGUCGAAGAUAAUGACUUGGAUUUGUAGUUUUUUCUUUAUAUGUAUAAAAUGCUGAACAAACGGAAAUGAAAGUUCAUAAAAUCUUAAUCUUUUUCAUUUAAAAGUCAUUAAAAAGGCGCUACAAUAUUUUUUUUACUAAAUUAAUAUAGGAUAAAUUAACAAUAAAUUUAAGAUUAAGAUUGUGAAAUCUAUAUUAAGAUUUAUAUACAAUAUAUAUUUAUAAGCUAAGUAUUAAAAAAUUGUUAAA